GCUUCCGUUGCUGCUUUCGCCCCUCGCUCUGGUCUGCGGUGCCACCAGGACCAGGACCAUGUCGCUGUCGCGCUCGGAGGAGAUGCACCGGCUCACAGAGAAUGUCUACAAGACCAUCAUGGAGCAGUUCAACCCCAGCCUCCGGAACUUCAUCGCCAUGGGGAAGAACUACGAGAAGGCCUUAGCAGGUGUGACGUACGCGGCCAAAGGCUAUUUUGAUGCCCUUGUGAAGAUGGGGGAGCUGGCCAGUGAGAGCCAAGGUUCCAAAGAACUCGGAGACGUCCUAUUCCAGAUGGCCGAGGUCCACAGGCAGAUCCAGAACCAGCUGGAGGAGAUGCUGAAGUCUUUUCACAAUGAACUGCUGAUGCAACUGGAGCAGAAGGUGGAGCUGGACUCACGGUAUCUGAGUGCUGCGCUGAAGAAAUACCAGACGGAGCAGAGGAGCAAGGGUGACGCCCUGGACAAAUGUCAGGGUGAACUGAAGAAGCUACGUAAAAAAAGCCAAGGGAGCAAGAACCCUCAGAAGUAUUCAGACAAGGAGCUGCAGUACAUCGACGCCAUCAGCAACAAGCAGGGUGAGCUGGAGAGCUAUGUGUCGGACGGCUACAAGACCGCCCUGACCGAGGAGCGACGCCGGUUCUGCUUUCUGGUGGAGAAGCAGUGUGCUGUAGCCAAAAACUCCGCUGCUUACCACUCCAAGGGUAAGGAGCUUCUAGCUCAGAAGCUGCCGUUGUGGCAACAGGCCUGCGCGGACCCCAACAAGAUUCCUGACCGUGCUGUCCAGCUGAUGCAGCAGAUGGCCAGCAGCAAUGGCGCCAUCCUGCCAGGGGCUCUGUCGGCCUCCAAGUCCAACCUGGUCAUCUCAGACCCCAUUCCGGGGGCCAAGCCCCUGCCUGUGCCCCCAGAGCUGGCUCCUUUUGUGGGGCGCAUGUCGGCCCAAGAUGGUGCGCCCGUCAUGAAUGGUGUCUCGGGCCCUGACAGUGAGGACUACAACCCCUGGUCUGACCGCAAGGCCACCCAGCCCAAGUCCCUGUCUCCUCCACAGCCUCAGAGCAAGCUGAGUGACUCGUACUCCAAUACCCUGCCCGUGCGCAAGAGCGUGACCCCCAAGAACAGCUACGCCACCACCGAGAACAAGACGCUGCCUCGCUCAAGCUCCAUGGCAGCAGGCCUGGAGCGAAACGGCCGGAUGCGAGUGAAGGCCAUCUUCUCCCAUGCCGCGGGAGACAAUAGUACCCUGCUUAGCUUCAAGGAGGGCGACCUGAUCACCCUGCUGGUACCCGAGGCCCGUGAUGGCUGGCACUACGGCGAGAGUGAGAAGACCAAGAUGAGGGGCUGGUUCCCUUUCUCCUACACCCGAGUCCUGGACAGCGAUGUCAGUGACCGGUUGCACAUGAGCCUACAGCAGGGGAAGAGCAGUAGCACAGGUAACCUGCUGGACAAGGAGGACCUGGCCCUCCCACCGCCUGACUACGGCACAUCCUCGCGCGCCUUCCCGGCUCAGACGGCCAGCACCUUCAAGCAGAGGCCCUAUAGUGUGGCCGUGCCCGCCUUCUCCCAGGGCUUGGAUGACUAUGGAGCGAGGUCUGUAAGCAGUGCGGACGUGGAAGUGGCCAGAUUCUGAACAGCCUGACUAGUUAGAACCCCUUUGCCCACAUCCAGUUGAAGCCCACGGUGACAAAUGACAGGUCUGCCCCCCUGCUCAGCUGAUGACAACGCCUUUGUCCUCUGCCCAUGCCGCUCCCACCCCCGU